CCUUCAAUUAUGCACCAGAAUAAGAUUGAAAAGGUCUUGAACAUUCAACCAUGAAUGUAUCAGAUAAGGCGGCAUUCAAACCAUGACUAGCUUGCAUACCAUUAAAUUACAUACGUCAAUCUCAUUGGGAAGAUUUUGCAUACUAUAUAUACAGAAACAUAAUUUGCAGAACUUAGAUAAAUAAAACACCUACAAAAUUAAAGUAACAAGAAAUGAACAUCACCUAGAAAAUUACAGUUCAAUCAAUUACACUCGGGCACUGGGGCUCAUUCGCUAUUCCUUGUACGAAAAAUACAGUGCCUAUUCUUCGUGAUGUAACUCAUCAAUAAUCAUGGCUGCCCAAGUAGUUGACAUGCCCAACAGUUGACUUCACAUCACUUGCAUAGAUGCCUCCUCAUCAUUUGCACUCUACUUCACCGUCCAGCUCAUCAUUGGCUGUAUUUAUAGUUGCACUAUUCAAUUAUUGUUCUAUUUCUUAAGAUUAGAUACAUGAUACUCAAGUACACCUUUGUGUAAAAAUGAAUUCACUUAUCAUGGGCACAUGUUCCCGGCUGCUUUGCCGCCGGGUCCUUUCCAGUUUGCCUAUAUAAAGGGUUCGAGGCAGAGCGUAUACAGAUAGAGUCAAUGCACGCACAUCUGUCCUAUACAUCCUAGUACAAACCAUGGCCAUCAGGCACACCAUGCAGCUCCUACCGGCCUUCAUCUUCGCCCUAGCCCUAGUCCUUAUGGCGUCAGCUGCGGCAACGGAGACGAUCCACCUCAAGUUCUACAUGCAUGACAUCGUCACCGGCGGGCCAUCGAGUCCAGCAACAGCGGUGCAAGUCAUCAAAGGUGUGGUGCCGCUGGCCAACGACCCCACCACCUACUUCGGCGACAUGUACGUCGUCGACGACCUGCUGACGGAGGGCCCAGACGCGGCGUCCCCCGCCGUCGGCAGGGCACAGGGGUUCUUCCAGUUCGCGUCGAUGACAGAGUACGCGCUGCUGCUCACUGCCAAUUUCGUGUUCACGGCAGGGAGUCAAAACGGCAGCUCCGUGGCCGUACUCUCCAGGGACGUCAUCUUCGACAGUGUCAGGGAGUUGCCGAUCGUAGGCGGCACUGGCGGCCUCCGUGGUGCGACUGGGUACGGUCUGCUCCGGACACACUCGGUCAACACCACCACCAGGAACGCGGUGCUCAAGAUUGAUAUGUACCUCCGCGUGUAGGUGCAUGCAGACCCUAGGUCUGAACUUACUUUCAUGCAUCUGGUGGGUGCUUGCAUAAAAGAAGCAUCUACGAUUAAUUUGUGUCAUUGUGUGUGUGUGUGUGUGUGUGUGUGUGUGUGUGUGUCAUGGUCCGGAAUGUCUUCAGCAUGUGAGUGCGUCCGAUUUAUUUGUGUAGCUUCCAGGUGUAAGUGUUAUAAUGUGAGUUCAUGAUUGAUGGAGAUUUUUAUUAAAAUAAAUGAGGUACAACAGUCCCGUUUGUUUACUGUGGUUGAAAUCUUCGAUGUGGCGUGCUGGUGAGGAUGUGUCACAGCUGGAAUAUGGUGUAUAUGGUACGGGGCGAUGCAAGAAUAUCGGUUUUUAUAGGAUGUGCAUUUCCACAUUUUCUUACAAGAACC